CCGUCCACACUGGGCCUGUCUCACUCUAGAACUGUCUCCCUCUCUGCCUGUCUCCCUCUCUGCCUGUCUCCCUCUCUGCCUGUCUCCCUCUCUGCCUUUCUCCCUCUCUGCCUGUCUCCCUCUAGGCCUUUCUCACUCUCUACCUGUCUCCCUCUCUGCCUGUCUCCCUCUCUGCCUGUCUCCCUCUCUGCCUGUCUCACUCUCUGCUUGUCUCCCUCUCUGCCUUUCUUCCUCUCUGCCUGUCUCACUCUUUGCCUGUCUCCCUCUCUGCCUGUCUCACUCUCUGCCUGUCUCCCUCUAGGCCUUUCUCCCUCUCUGCCUGUCUCCCUCUCUGCCUGUCUCCCUCUCUGCCUGUCUCCCUCUAGGCCUUUCUACCUCUCUGCCUGUCUCCCUCUCUGCCUGUCUCACUCUCUACCUGUCUCACUCUCUGCCUGUCUCCCUCUCUGCCUGUCUCCCUCUCUGCCUGUCUCCCUCUAUGCCUGUCUCACUCUCUGCCUGUCUCCCUCUAGGCCUUUCUCACUCUAGGCCUUUCUCACUCUCUGCCUGUCUCCCUCUCUGCCUGUCUCCCUCUCUGCCUGUCUCCCUCUCUGCCUGUCUCCCUCUAGGCCUUUCUCCCACUAGGCCUUUCUCCCUUUCUGCCUGUCUCCCUCUAGGCCUUUCUCACUCUCUACCUGUCUCCCUCUCUGCCUGUCUCCCUCUCUGCCUGUCUCCCUCUCUGCCUGUCUCACGCUCUGCCUGUCUCCCUCUAGGCCUUUCUCCCUCUCUGCCUUCUCCCUCUCUGCCUGUCUCCUCUUGCCUUUUCUCCCUCUCUGCCUGUCUCACUCUCUGCCUGUUCUCCCUCUCUGCCUGUCUCCUCUCUGCCUUCUACCUCUCUAGGCCUGUUCUCCCUCUUCUUGCCUGUCUCCCUCUCUGCCUGUCUCCCUCUUGCUGUCUCCUCUCUUACCUGUUCUCCUCUCUGCCUGUCUCCUCUGCUUCUCCUCUCUGCCUGUCUCCCUCUCUGCCUGUCUCCUCUCUCUGUCUCCCUCUUGCCUUCCACUCUCUGCCUGUCUCCCUCUCUGCUGUCUCCCUCUUGCCUGUCUCCCCUCUGCCUGUCUCCCUCUCUGCCUGUCUCCCUUCUGCUGUCUCCUCUUGCCUGUCUCCCUCUAGGCCUUUCUCCUCUGCCUUCUCCUCUGCCUGUCUCCUCUCUGCCUGUCUCCCUCUCUUGCCUGUCUCCCUCUAGGCCUUUCUCCUCUUACCUGUCUCCUCUCUGCCUUGUUCUCCCUCUCUGCCUGUCUCACUCUCUGCCUUUCUCCCUCUGGCCUGUCUCCUCUCUGCCUGUCUGACCUCUGCUGUCUCCCUCUCUGCCUGUCUCCCUCUAGGCCUUUCUCCCUCUCUGCCUGUCUCCCUCUCUGCCUGUCUCCCUCUCUGCCUGUCUCACUCUCUGCCUGUCUCCCUCUCUGCCUGUCUCACUCUCUGCCUGUCUCCCUCUAGCCUUUCUCCCUCUCUGCCUGUCACCCUCUCUGCCUGUCACCCUCUCUGCCUGUCUCCCUCUCUGCCUGUCUCCCUCUCUGCCUUUCUCCCUCUCUGCCUGUCUCCCUCUCUGCCUGUCUCACUCUCUACCUGUCUCACUCUCUGCCUGUCUCACUCUCUGCCUGUCUCACUCUCUGCCUGUCUCCCUAUAUGCCUGUCUCCCUCUCUACCUGUCUCACUCUCUGCCUGUCUCACUCUCUGCCUGUCUCACUCUCUGCCUGUCUCCCUCUCUACCUGUCUCCCUCUCUACCUGUCUCCCUGUCUCCCUCUCUGCCUGUCUCCCUCUCUACCUGUCUCACACUCUGCCUGUCUCCCUCUCUACCUGUCUCCCUGUCUGCCUGUCUCACUCUCUGCCUGUCUCC